AUGCCGGGGUUGGGCCUCGCCAUGGAAACUCACAAGCUUAUUGUCAAUCCUCACAUCAAACCAGUGAAGCAAGCAGAGAGGAAGUUUCAUCUGGAUAUAGCACCCCAGAUUGAGGCUGAGGUUAACAAAUUAGUUAAAGCCAAUUUCAUUAGGGAAGUCUUAUACCCUAAGUGGCUUGCUAAUAUUGUAUCAGGUAAAAAUAAGAAUGGGCAAAUAAGGGAUGCUCCUGAAGAUGAAGAGUCGAAAACCUUCAGGACCACGAAGAAGAUAUAUUAUUAUAAGUUGAUGCUCUUCCGAUUGAAAAACGUUGGCUCUACCUAUCAGCGCACCAUGACGAUUAUAUUUGAAGACAUACUCCAUGAUGUUGUGGAAUAUUAUGUCGAUGACCUUGUGGUCAAGUCAAAGAAUCGGUCCACUCACCUUACGGGUUUGGAAGUCGUGUUCAAAAGGUUGAGAGGACAUCAACUAAAGAUGAACCCCUUGAACUGCACCUUCAGGUGGGGAAUGGAUAUCGUGGGACCCAUUACCCCAACAUUAGCAAAUGGCCAUUUAUAUAUAUUAACGGCUACUGACUACUUCUCUAAGUCGGCUAAAUUCAUCUCACUACGAAGAGUUACUGAUAAGAUAGUGGCCAAUUUUGUUCGCCACCAUAUUGUGCAUCGAUUCGGGAUACCGGAUAGGAUUACAUCCGACAACAGCUCUUCAUUUAAGAAUGAUCACAUUCGCCAAUUGACCAGUAAGUUUAAUAUCGACGAGAGGUAUUCGUCCAUGUACAACCCAAUGGCAAAUGGACAAGUCGAAGCCUUCAACAAAAGCCUUUCCAAGAUAUUGAAAAAUACUGUAAAGGCAGGCUAG